GAGAGCGCGAUAGGAUCGGCGAACACACAGCAUCGGGUGUCCCGAAGCGCCCGUCGGCUAUCACACACGUUCGCUCUCGUACGCCACUCGAUAUCACCGUCCGGUACCAUAUUAAACCGAGUCAGCCUUUGAAUCACCCGUCGUACCAAUCGGAAUUAAUCGGAGACGUGCCCUCGUCGUCUCCGUCUAUCUCUCGGCUAGCAGCAGCAGGCAUCGGCUAUCACUCGGCUAUGGGCACAACCGCCAGCGAUCUUGGGUAGGAAGCAGAUAAGUAAAGAAUUAUGUCUGACGCGCGCGGGAAUCCCAGUCAAAACAAAACGACGGCUUUAAAUGUGUUAUGUGUUGUAACGUGGGCUUGUCUGAGGAAGCAUUCCCACGCGGUGGCGAUAGGGAUACGUGGACGAUCUACUUUCGCUGCAGCGCGCGCUCUUCGGCGUUUCUAACAAAAGUUACCUGAUCCCCAUUGUCUACGACGACGUCGGGCCUUUAAUGUUAUGCCGCUGCAACUUUAAUGUGACAUUCAAGACCAUUCUUGCUCAGUUCUCAUCUCCUCCUUUCCACGGUGUACUUCUCUCCGCGAAGCUGCGCUUACAUAAUGAGACGCGAAAGAAUUUAUAAUGCAGUUUCCGUUUGCGGGAGUUAAAAGUUCAUUAUCGGUCAACACAAUGACAGCGCGGAAUCGUCCUUGUAAUUGCUUCGUUUUUAUCUUUCGUGUCUAUGUUUCUGCUUUAUCAUGAAGCUAAUGUCUCGCGUGAGAUAAAGACGCAAAAGAGUAAUGUAAACGUAGCCGUGCCUUCAAGAUUCGUGCGAUUGCAUAACCAUGACAUCAGCGAUCUCACAAUUUUCAUGCUACAUUGCUCAGAGUGCAUAUUACGCAAAGGACAUUCGAUUUCUCGUCACUUGUAUUUUACCUUCGAACGGUCUUUAAACGAUCAAAUCGCCAAUGUACAAUUAAGCUAAUUUUGAAAAAAAAAAAAGAAUUACAUUCUGGGAAUUUAUAUAACAGAUUACGUACUGAAAUGAAACCAUACGCCGAUAAAAUUUUCAAAACGACGUCUGCACUCGUCGAAGCAAAACGUUUGACGUUUAUCAUUUAUUUGAUAACAAAAUAAAAACAAACAAACAAGAUAUAUCAGUGAAAAGCGUACGUAUAUCUGAUAAGAGUUGCGAGUAUUCAUAACGACGGACGAAGGAUUUACCAUUGCAUGAACUGACACAAUUGACGAACGAUGCCGACAAUAAUGAACAGUGAAAAGUCCAUUAAAUUUUCCAUCAAUGGAACGCCGCAUACGAUAUCGGGAAAUAUACCGGCUGAUACGUCCCUCAAUGUCUACAUUCGCGACCAUGCGAAACUCCGCGGCACAAAAGCGAUGUGCCAUGAGGGUGGCUGCGGCGCUUGUAUAGUAGCUGCUGAAAUCAAGGGCGAAACAAUGGCUGUGAAUUCCUGUCUCAUACCGAUAUUAAUCUGCGACGGAUGGGCAAUUCACACAAUCGAAGGUAUAGGAAAUAAACGAGAUGGUUAUCACUCGAUUCAAGCUGCGCUCGCUGGAAAAAAUGGCUCACAAUGUGGAUAUUGUUCUCCCGGCAUGGUAAUGAACCUUUACAGCCUUGUGCAGAACAAGAAAUUAACUAUGCAAGAAAUUGAAAAUUCUUUCGGUAGUAACAUCUGUCGGUGUACAGGCUAUCGCCCAAUUCUGGACGCGUUUAAGGGAUUUGCCAGCGAUGCAACACCACAAUUGGCGAAGGAUAUUCGCGAUAUUGAGGAGAUCUAUAAGGUCAAAACCUGUCCGAAGAAUGGAAUGCCGUGCAAAGGCAAAUGCGUCGAUGGACAACUCUCAGACGAAAAUACUGAAACGCUGGAUAUCAAGUUAACAGACUCGGAAUUUUAUAAAGUUUACUCGAUCGAAAAUCUAUUCGCGAUAUUUCAGCAAAACCCGGAUGCAACGUAUAUACUACACGGCGGAAACACAGCGCAUGGUGUUUAUCGGACGGGCAAAAGCGACCUUCGCAUCGACAUAAACGACAUCCCGGAUUUGCGCCGCAUAGAAAAGACUAACGAAUCUUUGACCCUGGGCGGAAACAUAUCCCUCACUACGGCAAUGGAGACUUUCCACAAGUAUUCGUCUGAGAACGGAUUCAAGUACCUGCAUCACCUAGCCCAUCACAUCGACCUGAUCGCCAGCGUGCCCGUGCGCAAUAUGGGCAGCAUGGCCGGCAACCUGAUGAUCAAGCACGCGCACCACGAGUUCCCUUCCGACCUGUUUUUGAUACUAGAGACCGCCGGCACUCAAAUUCACAUCCUCGAGGCGCCAGGCGCGAAGAAGAGCAUGAUGCUGCAGGACUUUCUGAAAACGGACAUGCGCCACAAGAUUAUCUACAGCGUGGUACUACCGGCAUUGUCCGACGAUUACGAGUACAGAUCCUACAAGAUCAUGCCUAGAGCCCAGAACGCCCACGCUCACAUCAACGCCGGCUUCCUCUUCAAACUCGACGGCGGCGGGAAGGUGCUAGAGAAACCCAACAUUAUCUUUGGUGGCAUCAAUGAGAAUUUCUUGCACGGAAAGAAUACAGAGGAACUACUUAUUGGUAAAUCUAUCCUUGACAAGCAAGUGUUAAAGACAGCUUUGGAAACGUUACAUAAUGAGUUGCAACCCGAUCAUGUACUGCCAGAUUAUUCGCCGGAAUUCCGUAAAACGCUUGCCGAAGGAUUAUUCUAUAAAUAUGUAUUGAGUAUCAAACCGGAAGACGUGAAUUCUAAACUUCGCAGCGGAGGCCCGAUAUUAAGUCGAGGUCUCUCCUCAGGUACACAAGAUUAUGACACAGACAAAAAUGUAUGGCCGGUGAGCAAGCCCACGGUAAAGAUAGAAGCUAUCCAGCAGACAUCGGGCGAGGCUCAGUAUUGCAACGAUUUACCACCGUAUCCCGGAGAGGUCUUUUGUGCCUUUGUACUUACGAAAGUUGGUAACGGCAAGAUAGAAAGCAUAGAUGCGAGCAAGGCACUCGCAAUGAAGGGUGUAGUGGCGUUCUUUAGCGCCAAAGAUGUCCCCGGCAAGAACCUGUGCAUCUCAGCUGCCAGUCAGCUGAUGAUGCUGAUAAACGACGAGGCAUUGUUUGUGGAGAAGGACAUUCUCUAUGCCGGUCAGCCGGUCGGCGUAAUCGCUGCUGAGACCCAUAACCUGGCCAAUGAAGCCGCAAAAUUAGUGGAGGUCAAAUACAGCGAAACACUCGAGAAAAAACCGGUGAUAACUAUUGAGGAUGCGCUUGCCUCAAAGGACGAUUCCAGAAUCAUGCCAGGCAUCAGUAUUCCAGCGAAAAAGAAAGGAAAAAAUGUUAAAAAAACGAUAAAAGGCGCUUUCCAAUGCGGCAGCCAAUAUCAUUACACUAUGGAGACUCAGUCCUGCGUGUGCGUGCCCGCGGAGGAUGGUAUGGAUGUCUAUCCAACGUCGCAAUGGAUUGAUCUUAUUCAAGUAUCGAUUGCGAAUUGUCUGGCCGUUAAGAAUAACAGUAUUAAUGUUCACGUAAGACGAAUUGGUGGAGGAUACGGAGCAAAAAUCUCGCGGAACGCAUCAUACUCAUGUACCUGCGCGUUGGUGUGUCACAAACUAAAUCGACCAGCGCGAUUUAUCGUGUCUAUCGAGAGCAACAUGCAAUCGCAAGGGAAAAGAGUCGCUACGCGGCAAGAAUACGAAGUCGCGGUAGACAACGAUGGAGUUAUUCAAUCUCUCGACUCGAAACAUUGGGGCAACGCCGGCUGCAAUUUCAACGAUCCCGUCUCUUGGGUCACGGCGCAUCAUUUCACAAGCUGUUAUGCAAGCGACACUUGGACAAUAAAUGGAUUCGAGGUGAGAACCGAUUUACCAUCAAACACGUAUUGUCGAGCGCCGGGAUCUACGGAAGGGAUAGCUAUGAUCGAGAACAUAAUGGAGCACAUUGCAAAAGAGACGAAAAAAGAUUCACUACAGGUCAGAUUGGCGAAUAUGAACGACAUGGAUAAAGCCGCGUUAGAACCCAUGAUAAAGGAUUUGUCGAAAUCAGCCGAUUAUGAGAUACGGAAGCGAGCCGUUGAGACAUUCAACAAUGAGAAUCGCUGGAAAAAGAAGGGCAUCGCCCUGGUACCAAUGAAGUAUCCAUUCAUGUAUUGGGGUCAAUUCAAUUCUAUGGUUUCGAUAUGUGCUCGCGAUGGUACGGUUUGCGUGACGCAUGGUGGGAUUGAGUGCGGUCAGGGUAUAAAUACCAAGGUCGCGCAAGCUGCGGCUUACACUUUGGGUAUCGAUUUAGAUUUAAUUAGUGUCAAGCCAACCUACAAUUUAAUAACGCCCAACAACUCGGUUACCGGAGGCAGUGUUACCAGCGAGUCUUGUGCAUAUGCCACGAUUCAAGCCUGCAAGGAAAUCUUGAAGAGACUCGAGCCGAUAAAAAAUGAUAUGAAAAACCCAAGCUGGCAAGAACUCAUUUUUGCAGCAUAUCAAAAAGACGUUGAUUUAUGCGCCCGUCAUAUGUACGCACCUACGAAGGAUGAUACGAACAAACCUUACGCCAUUUACGGUGUUACCAUUGCCGAAGUAGAAAUCGAUCUGUUGACCGGCCAGCACAUUAUCAGAAGAGUCGAUUUAAUCGAAGAUGCUGGAAUAAGCAUGAAUCCAGAGCUGGACGUUGGUCAGGUGGAGGGAGCUUUCGUGAUGGGAAUAGGUUACUGGACUUCCGAAGAACUGGUGUAUGACCCUAAAACAGGAAUAUUAACCAAUGACAGAACCUGGAAUUAUAAACCGCCAGGAGUGAAGGAUAUUCCUGAGGACUUCCGCGUAUCUUUCCGCAGGAAUGCCCCUAAUCCACUCGGUGUUCUUCGAUCAAAAGCGACUGGUGAACCUCCACUUUGCAUGAGUUUUGUAAUUCCAAUCGCGAUUCGUUACGCGUUGAACUCCGCUAGAGCGGAGACGGGACAUAAGGACGAAUGGUACCAAUUAGAUGGACCAUUCACCAACGAACGCAUACUUUUAAACAGUUUAACCAGUAAAGAUAAUAUGAUACUGUGAAAGCAAAAGUGAGACUUGCGAUUAAGUAAACUAGGACUUAAUUAAUUUCUAUAUUAUUCUAUUAGCAUUGUUUCUCUAAUCACCUCUAAGCUAAACUAAAUUUAGAGAUCUUGUACAAGUCAAUUUACUUAGCCUGUUUCUUUUUGAUAUAAAUCUAAUUUUUCAUUAUCCGGUUAAUAUAUAAUUAGACAGAUGCUUUAUCUAAUGGAAUUUUCUACGAGUAAAAUCCUAUUAGAUGAAACAUCAGAUUAAGUCUCGCCACAAGUUAAAUGAUGCAAAACCAAUAUAUAAUAAUAUUAUAAGAUAUAGAGACAUUAUAACAUAUUAACGGGAUCAAAAUACGUGUAGUUUAAUUAAUUGAUAGAUUUUAAACAAAAUACAAUUUUUAUC